AUGGCGCUGGAGCGGUGGAGGCACGCGUGGCAGAGGAGGAGGAAGAGGCGCGUGGCAGAGGAAAUCGUUGUCUUCCUCGUUAUCUUCCUCCAGGGCAGCGCAUCCAGGCCAGCAGCAGGCCCCUCCUCCUCCUCCAGCUGCUCGUCCAGACCAGCAGCAAGCCCAUCCUCCUCCUCCUCCGCCCUCCACCAGCAGGAGCCUCCGCCAGGCUCCUCCCUGUUAUCCAGCUGCUCGUCCCCGUCGUCAGCAGCAGGCCCCUCCUCCUCCGCCCUCCACCAGCAGGACCCUCCACCAGGCUCCUCCCUGUUGUCCAGUUGCUCAUCCCCGUCGCUAGCAGCAGGCCCAACCUCCUCCGCCCCACUGCCCCAGUCUUGCCGCCGCCGCCCUAGUGUCCUCGCCCUGCUGCCCAGACAGAUCGUCGCUAUGCCCCCGCCUGGUCAUCGCAACACACACCACUCCAGGAAGUACAAGCAGUUUCAAAAUCUCCAAGAAGUCACCUGCAAAUGCAAAGUCUCCAGGGGAAAGCACUCAAUUUUGACAGUCAAGCAUCCUCGCCUUUGCUCUACCGCGGGAGGCGAUAGUGGUGGCUGCCCUAUCCCCAUGAGCUCAACGUGACGACUCUCCUCUCUCCAGGCCCCGACGACCUGCACCAGAACACCAACGCUGAGCGUCCUCCCCAACCUUGUACAGGUAUAUACGACGGUCCAUUUUCAGCAAUCAUAUUGUACAUACAAAUUUGUUGCAUUUGUUCAGACAUCACGGACAACAACUUAUAAAUUGCCCAUUUUUUGUUGGCUUUACUACUAUUACCCCUAACAUUGACCAGGACCAUGAUCCUAGAUUAUAUUGUGCAAACUUCUGGGAAGAAAAUUACUCCUGCUUUUAAGUUUGUGACAUAACAUGAAGGAGAAAGAGUUCAUUAUCGACCAAC